AUGAAGGUCGGCCUCCUUCUCGUCGCCAACAGCUUUGUGAAUAAAGCCCGCAUAUGCCUCAAAGCCGACCUCCUAGACUUUACUCCGGAUAAAUACCCAAUCAUCCGCCCGAUGAUCUCGCAAAUUAUCUUCGAUUGCGGGCGCGAUGACUGCACAUACAACCCGGUAUCACAGCGCCAAAUCCUCCUGCGCGUCUUUACGGUAUUCUCCUGGAUAUGGUCCAAUUUCCUCAUUCUCGAAUCAUACCACGCUCUCCUCUCCAUAACCUUCGUCCUCUUCGGCAUCGACAACCCACAAGACUGGCCACCUCUCUUCGGCAGUAUAACCGACGCCUGGACCGUCCAACGCUUCUGGGGCCGCUUCUGGCACCGCAUCGCAACACCCACACUCACAACAUGGACACGCAUCAUCCUGCGGAUAAAGCACGAGCCGCAGACCACGUUCGAAAAAGCGGCCGUCGCAUUUGGCGUGUUUUGCCUCUCUGGCAUCAUGCACAUGACGGCUGCCUGGAGAACCGGUGAAGGAUACGUGCACUUGGAUGUAAUGUUCUUUUGUGCCAAUUUCUUUGCGAUCGCGGUUGAGAUCGUAGUGUCCCGCGCGAAGAUGCAGGUGGUCAGAAGGGCGAAGUUAAAGCCUGGGACGGAAGCACGGAUGUGCCUAGCUAGUCGGUGUUUUGGCUACUUGUGGACCUUUGCGUGGUUCUUUUGGAUGGCACCGAGGUGGUUGUAUCCCAAGACGCUGUGGUGGUUGAUCAAGCAGGCUCUGACACAGUCUCAUACGCAGUUGUGA